AUGAAAGCAGUGGAGGAUGGUAAUCUGGAAAAAGACCUGAACGAAGCAUUAAUAAUAGGCAAGUGGGAGUAUAUCGAACGAAUGAUCGGCGAACAUCCAAAUGAAGUAUUCAAAGCCAGGCUAAAUAAAAAUGGAGAUACACUGCUCCUGUUGGCCUUCAAUGAAGGAAAAAAUGUGUUAAUCAGGAGGAUGCUGGAAAAGAUUCCACCAGAUUUACUGGCUGAGACUGACAACUUAGGGAAUACAGCGCUUCACUUAGCAGCAAAAGUUGGACUUGUUGAAGAUGCCAAAAUACUUGUGAGAAAAGAUUCCAAAUUGCUGAAUUGUGAAAACAAAGAUGGACUUUUGCCAAUUCAAUUAGCUGCGAGGCGAGAACAAGCAAAUGCUCGCAGCAUGACUUCUUACUUGUUUAAAGCCGGCAAGGAAGAUGAAAAUCAUUCCAAGCUACUCAAAGAAGAAGCUGGUGCUGGUGUUGGUUCGAGGGUUAUGAAAUCUUUAAUAAAAGCAGGAUUUUAUGAUUUGGCUCUUCAUUUACUUGAAUUCAAUGAGAAAUUGGCAUGGGAAAAAAAGGAUAUCAGUCCUUUGGAGCAGAUGGCCAGUGAUCCGGGUGGUUUCAAAAGUGGAUUUCGCUCGAGAAGUUGGCAGUCCUUAAUCUACUCGUAUUCAUGGUACAAGAUCUGGAGUGCGCUUCCAAAAGUUCUAGUGCAAAAUAAGGACAUUCCUGCACUAAAAUUGAAGCAUCAACAUGCACGUCAACUAGUCCAGUCCUUAUGCUCAAAUAUUAAAAAAAUGGAUGAACCCCAAAAGAAACUUGGAAAGAUAUUACUUUUAGGGGCACAGAAUGGAAUAGAAGAGAUUGUCCAUGAAAUUCUAGAGUCUCUUCCUUCCACAAUAACUUAUACAGAUGUUAAGAAGCAUUCAAUAUUUCAUGUUGCUGUAAUGUACCGUCAUGAAAACAUUUUGAAGAUGGCGCAUGAGAAGAAUAAGCAACGGAAAGGGACUCAAAAUCCUGAUAGCCGUGAAAACACUCUAUUGCAUUUGGUGGGAUCUACACCGCUUCAAGCUGGAAUUGAUACUGAUGCCGGAGCUAUUUUUCAAAUGCAGAAUGAACUUCAGUGGUUUAAGAAAGUGAGCGAGCUUGUAACGCCUCAAGAAUUAAAUUCGGAGAAUAAACAAAAAAAGACACCAUUUGCACUCUUCCAAGAUCAGCACGCUGCAAUGGCUGCAAAAGAAAAAGAAUGGAUGACAAGAAUGGCAACUGCAAGCUCAGUUGCAGGAUCACUCGUUGCCACAGUGGCAUUUGCUGCCCCAUUCCAAGUACCUGGAGGAAAUGGUAACGGUGGCAUACCCAAUUUCUCCAAUAAAAGUUCGUUCAUAGUCUUCGCCAUUUCAGACGCUCUUGCACUUUUCUCUUCUAUCACUAGUGUUCUAACCUUCUUAUCCAUUUUCACCUCCCGCUAUGGAGUUCGUGAUUAUCUUCGUGCCUUGCCCCACAGAGUGAUAAUCGGUCUAAUUUCGUUGCUCCUCUCUUUCAUAUUUUUAACGACUGCCUUUAGUUCUACAUUAUUUCUUGUAUUUGCAAAAGAAAAUGACCUGAUUCUCAUACCAAUAAUCCUACUCUCUUGCAUACCGGUGAUCUUGUAUGCCAAACUUCAGCUUCCUUCCCUCCUUGCUAUGAUCAAAUCCACAUUUUAUCCAAGCAUUCUCCAUUGGUAG